AUGAUGGAGUCGAAAAACGCUGAUAAGGAAACAGGUAAUGGGAAUAAAAAAAGGGAAAAGAAAAAAUAUGCUGCAAAUCCUAAAAAGAAAAAUUUGAAAGAAGGGGGAGAUAAAAAGCCUAAGAAUUAUCUGAAGGGGAGUGAAAAAAACAAUGAUUCGGUUAUAGGUAUUGCAAAAAAGGAAAGAAAUGAUAAUAUCAGGGAAGAUGCAAAAAAAGAGAAGCAUUAUAUGCCUAAAACUAAUGUAAGCGAAGUUAAGAAUAAAAAAAGACAAGAUUUAGUAAAUGAUGUAGACAAUAAAAGGAGUAGAUGUUGUGCUUUGUGUUUUUGCUGUUGUGAUAAUGAAGACGAAAAAUUGAAUGAACUAAUUUUAGAAGAUGAAAGACGAAAGGAAGAAGAGGAAAGAAAACGAAUUAAAAGGUUAGAGGAGGAAAGGAUUAAAAUGUUGGAGGAGGAGAAAAGGCUUAAGUUGUUGGAGGAGGAGAAAAGGCUUAAGUUGUUGGAGGAGGAAGAGAGACUUAGAAUAUUGGCGGAGGAGGAAGAGAAGCACAAGAUGAAGGAAGAGGAGGAAGAGGAAGAAGAGGAAGAAGAGGAAGAACAAAAAACGAAAGAAACAAAAUUAAUAAAAAAAGAAAUAAAACCUAAGAUAUUUUUAAAAAAAAAAGUAAAACUAAAUUUUAUUGGUGCAGCAUCAGCACCUACCCCACCAGAUGAAUCAGCAUGUAUUGGUCCAUCUCCGGAAGUAAAAAAAACAUCAGUACCUGUGCAAGAAGGGGUAUAUUUAAUUUACUCUCCUGAGAAUAAUGGACAGUUAGAAGUAUAUUAUUCCAAAACUGCUAAACAAGGGAAAGGAGUAAUAGCAUACAUACAAUCUAAAACUAUACCUGACUUUUAUUUUCAAAAAAAUAAUGGAAAAGAAAUUCUUCUUGCGGAUGUGUCUAGAAAAAUGCAAAGCAUUUAUGUAAAUGAUCUAAAACCCUAUUAUGAAUCUUAUAUUAAAUUUAUAAAAAUGCAAAAAAAGUUCAACGGAGUUUUAUACUUUUUACCCGCCUUUGACGCACAACCACCUCCAAAAGUGGAUAUCAUAUUUUAUGAUAGUAAGAAAAAGAAGCUGCACUUUACCCCAAUAGAGAAACCAGUCGAGUUUAAUGGAGAUCUCCUUUUUGUAAUUCAGGCAGGGCUUCAAAUAUUCCGGGAGGAAAUAGACACUGAGAAGCUUUGCUCCUACAUAAAGGCAUAUGGGGCAUUGUUAAAUUUAACUUGA